GUCUCAUGAUUGCCUAAUUAACCACUUAAGAACACACGCUUUUUCUCCCUCACAAACGCAAACAUCCUUGGAAAUGGCAUCAGAAACUCAAAUUCAAAUUCCAGUAAUCGAUUUCUCCCAGCUAAAUAUGCAUAAUCCAGAUAAUCAGUCCAUCUGGGAAUCCAUAAAAACCGACGUUUUAAAAGCUCUCCAAGACUAUGGUUGCUUCGAAGCAUCAUCAGUUGUAUCAAUCGAUCUUCAAGAAUCUGUAAACGAUGCAUUGAAACAGCUCUUCAAUCUCCCAUUAGAAACCAAACUUCAAAACACAUCAGAAACAGCCUUUCAUGGCUAUGUUCAAUCUCCCAAGGUUCCACUCUACGAAAGCAUGGGAAUCGGUAAUCCAUUUAUCCCUGAAAACGUUGAUAAUUUUACCAAUCUAAUGUGGCCUCAUGACAACCCUAAAUUUCGCGAAAGCAUUAAAAUAUACUCAAAGAAGUUGCGAGAACUAGAUGAGAUAGUGAAGAGGAUGGUGUUUGAGAGCUUGGAUUUGGAGAAGUAUUUUGAUGAACAAAUGAAAUCAACAAAUUACCUUCUUAAGUUGAUGAAAUAUCGAGCACCAGAGCCAAAUGAAUCCAAUAUUGGACUCCAUACUCAUACUGAUACGAACAUAAUGACAAUUUUACAUCAAGACGAAGUCGGAGGGUUAGAAAUCCAGACUAAAAACAAUGAAUGGAUACGAGUGAAAGCUUCUCCAAACUCUUUUGUUGUCGUAGCUGGGGAUACUUUCAAUGUUUGGUUGAAUGGCCGAUUGCAUGUCCCCUUUCAUAGAGUGGUGAUGAAUGAAACUAUGUCCAGAUACUCGCUCGGGUUUUUUUCUGUACAAAAAUCAAGCAACCUCGUGAAAGCAUUUGAUGAGAUGGUAGACAAAGAACGUCCUUUGCUUUACAACCCUUUUGAUUAUGGAGAGUUUCUUAAGUUCUUUUAUAAAGAGGGUGGCAUUCAAAGCAAGUUCGCAUUAAAGACAUACUGUGGUGUCUCGGAGGGCUCGUGAUGCUUCAAGACUUGUUGAGAAUACUAUCAAUGAAAAAACAUGUGUUUGUCUACAAGAUUUGGGGAUUGUUUUGCAAAGUGUACGUUAUUUUUAUAUUUUGAACACGAUAACUUUGUGUAUAGGGUGUCACUUUGUUGCUUGUUUGUACUUGUUUUUGUGGCAUGUUUAAAUAAAAAUCAGGUGGUGUUCAAUGUC